AUAAUUGUAUGUAUCAUUCAAAAAUGAAUCCUUUAAGGGUUCUUUGGAUAGUAAGGACAUAGCUUCUUAGAAGGGUUCUGCAUGGAACUAUGCAUGGAAUAGGAAAACAAUCAGUUGUAGGGCUCUACACAGAACCUUUAAAGGUUCCCUCCAGUGGAACAUUCAGUGUUGAGUUAAUCUUUUUUUUUCUGUGUGUGUUCAUUAUCGAGAAAAGAAGGAAAACAUGGGAAACCUGAAGUUAUGGUAAAAAUUGCCACCGCUGAUUGCUAUUUAAGUGAAACAUGAUUAUUGCCUAGAGGCUGCUGGGAUGUCAUGGGCACUGAUCCUGAGCAUAUAACAUGGGCUGUGGGUGAGGAGGCUACAGCUUUCUCCCUCUCUCUCUCUGUCUCACACACACAUACAUACAUAGAGCUUCACUUGGAUACACAAUUGGGAGGAAGUAGGGGAGAGGAGGGAGGGGUAUAAAGAAGAAUAAUGAAGACAGAAGAACGAAAUGCUCUGCCAGUCUGCAUCUCUCCAUGACGCUCUCUUUAGGGCUGACUCAUUCUCUCCCUCUCUCUGUUUAUCUCUCUCUCUUUCUCUGUAAAGCAGGGUAGGAUUGCACGUAUGCGAUCCCUCCCCCCUCUCAUCUCUCUCUCUCUCUCUCUCUGGCGCUGCUAUUGUCUGAGCAGGCUCUCCUGUGUUGAUUAUAUAGCACGGCUCCGUGCUCAGUGUUGAUGCUUUAGUCCCAGCUUUGACGCCACUCAGCUUGAGUGGGACUCCUGACCAUUAAAUCUCUCAGAAGCUUUACAGGAGAGCAGGCAGUGCCAUCUGUCAAGGUUUCUAUCUUUUUCGUAUUAUUCUUUUUCCGAGCUGUCAUCUUUUCUUCUCUGCAGUUUGACUCGCAUCCUAAAAUGAAAGAUGAUCCAGUUUUUUCUGCGAUCUCUUGUUUAAGUUUUAACUGAAGGAGGAAGCAAGUUCCGAGAAAAGAACAGCAACACUUUUUUACAAAAUGUUUUUCUCUCAGAGCCAAAUGACAUUUGCUCCAGCCAACUGAGAGCAACUCGUUUUCUUCUCCCAAGUGACACUUUGUUUUAGAUCGACACUGGAUCCUGGUAAUGCUUUUAUUGAUGCAAUCGGGUCAGCGUCAGGUCUAACCGUGAAUCCCCAGGUCUCAGAAACCCCGGGCUCCCCCAAACGCAACAGAAGACCAGGAUUACUCCAAACCAUGAAGAAAAUCUGGUCCAAGAAACGCUUCCAGAAAACCGGACACUCAAACCGAACAUUUGGCCGGUUUACCCAUGGUGUGUUUGGUUUUAUAGAUAACAGCGAAGUAUUUCGCUCGUGCAGGAAACAGAGUUAUGACUCUGAAACCACAGAGGACGAAGCAGCCGAGCCUCAGAUGGAGACCAAAGACGGAGGCAGAGGCGAUCCAGAUGAGACCUCCCAGCGGGUCCCUGCAGGUGAGCGGAUGAUGGACGUGGCUUCAGGUGCGAGUGGUCAUGGUGAGAACACGGUGGUGGAGAGAGAGAUGCAGUCCCUGGGAUCAAGAGCAGCGGGGCCACAGGCCGCCAGGAGCCAAUCUGAGGAAGUUUUGAGGGAAUCUCCCCCACAAGUUCUCCCUCCCCCUUCCCCUAAAAUAAUCCAUUCAUCCACCUCUCCCAUGCUCGGCCGAUCUGGCUCAGGCCCUCCCACGCCCCUGACCCCACGCAAGAAAGCCACUGUGCCGAGUGAAUACCAAGACACAGUACCAGGAGAGUUUGAGGAGAAGAUUAAGCAACCCAAGUCUUCAGCCAUGUCACAGAGUAGUGCACAGGACUCUCGACCCCAGACCCCUGUCAGUGACUACUCCCGGAAGGACUUGACCCCUCGUCCCUCUCCUAAACUAACACGACCGAGUUCCAAGAUCUUCGAAAGGGUGAGAGUUUUUGAAGAGCGCAGAAGAAGCAUCGACAAUCCUGAGGGGUCAAUCUCUGGACGCUCUUGGGCUGGGUUUAACAGAGCCCCUUCCAUUGACUCUGAUGAUGGAGGGAGUCGUCUAGGGAUCUCAAGAGAAAGUUCCAAGGAGGACCUCCAUGAAGCUUUGAAGGCAGAUGCAGAGCAGAGAAGAUCAAUGUUCAGGCAGAGAGCUGCUUCUCUGGAGGACAGACCUCGCUACUCUCAGAAAGUUCAAGACAUUGAGCACAAGUUCACAGAAGAGCUCCAGCGAAUCAAGAAGCUUGUGGGGAAACCACAUAUGAAGAAGUCCUUCUCUACUGAUCAGCUCUCCACUUUUCACAGGGGCAGGCAGCCCAUGAGAAAACUGGAGCCCAUCCCACCUCAGGUGCUUCAAAAGCUACAGGACCGGGAGCGUGCUCAGCAGGAGCAAGAGAAGAGAAUGAAAGAGCAAGCCAUAGACAAAUCACCACAGGUGCAAACACGGCAGGUUCAGCAACAGGAAUCAUUGUUACAGGAACAAGUUGUGCGAGAGAGGUCACCCAUGACAACUAAAACAAUUAACCAAAUGGGAGAGGAGCCUUCACCUCCAGAAGGUAUGUCACCAUCUGAGUUACCUGGACAAAGGUCUCCAAGACUAAUGCGUGGACCUAGAUCAGUUGCUGAGAACCCUCGAAGAUCUCCAAUUGUGGAAAUCACCUCUGUGACUGAUGAGCGCCCACACUCACCUCGCAGAGCAAGAGCAGAGUCGCCAUCCAGAAAUGUCCUGGAGAUGACAUUACGCAAGGUGGAACCAAGACCUGCAAGUCCACUCAUAAAGAGGGUAGGUCAUGUCCAGGAAGUCACACCAGUCCACAUAGAGGAUGAAACUGUACAUAGAAAAACACCCAUAGAGAUCACUCUGAGAAAGCUGGACAGAAGACCUGAAAGUCCUCUUGUGCAGGGUGAAAUCAGUGCAGUACAAGAGUGUCCUGUCCAGGCACCACCUCUUAAACCUCCAAGGGUUUCACUCACCUCCUCUAAAGAAGAGAAAAUGGAGAUAGAUGUGACUCCUCUAGCACCAGCCCUAAAGAUCACUAUCCCACAGAUUAUUGUUGAAGAAGAGCCAAUGGAGACAGAAACUUCUGUACCUCCACACAGUGAUAAAACAAGCAAAAAUGUCACUUCCAAAGAGGAAAAACCACAGAGAGUGAGAGGGAGGGGACGUAAACAAAGACCCAUGUCUCCUGAAUUAGAAUCUUCCGAUGACUCCUAUGUGUCAGCAGAAGAAGACCCUCUAGAGGCCCCACUGUUUGAGUUGCCUCUUCAGGACAUGGUAGCAUCCACUGGUGCUGAGGUUUUACUGAAGUGCAUCAUCACUGGCAAUCCUUUCCCUGAAGUGACAUGGACGUGGAACAAUGUGGAAAUAAAGAACAGUCCCACACAUGUGGUGAAAGUGGAAGGAGAGAGGCACUCUCUUCUCAUCAAAUGGACAAAGCCAAGUGAUGCUGGUACAUACACCGUAACAGCUACAAAUGAGGUGGGCAAGGCUUCCUGCAGCGCCACCCUCUUUAUCAAACCAGAGCCUAGCCAAGAUGUGAGGGGCAACCUUGGUGUUCCCAUGGACAUCAGUAGCCCCAUCACCUCUGAUGAGGAGUACCUCAGUCCCCUGGAGGAGGCCAUGGAUUUCAUAGGAUCAUCCUACCGUGGUCCUGAACCCCGGAAGAUCAUAGACGCUCGGUUUAAAGAGCCCCCUGCUUUUCAGGCUACAGUAGGAGAUCAGACAGUCACAGAGGGACAAGAAGUGAUCAUGUCUGUCCGAAUGACUGGCCAGCCUAAACCAAUGCUCUAUUGGCUGAGGGACAGAGUAACCAUAAAAACAGGUCCUCGACACAUCGUCCGUGAGACAGAGGACGGCAACUGUGAGAUGAUAAUAAAAUCAGCUGUGAAGUCUGAUGCUGGUGUGUACACCUGCAAGAUCAUCAACGAGUACGGCACCAAACAGUGUGAGGCCAAAUUAGAGGUGAAAGCCGCUCCAGUAGAACCUGGCCUGGCCAUAGUGCGGCCUCUCAGGGAUGUGAUGGUGAAGGCGGGAGAGUCAGUGCUGUUUGAAUGCCAUGUGAUUGGACCACAGGACGUGGAUGUAGACUGGCUGUCGGAUGGGAAGCUUAUCCAGCCAGCACUUCUGAACUGUAAGAUGCACUUUGAUGGGAAGAGGUGCAGAUUGAUGCUCAACUCAGUGCAUGAGGACGACAGUGGCACAUAUACCUGUAAACUGAGCACAGCCAAAGAGGAACUAACCUCAUGUGCCCAGCUGAAGGUCAUUGCCUCUGUUGAGCCACUGUUUACCCGAAAGCUGGAUGUGUUGGAGGUGAUCGAGGGUCGAAAUGCACGAUUUGACUGCAAGGUCAGUGGAACGCCACCACCUGUGGUCACCUGGACUCACUUCGACAAUCCAUUGGUAGAGAGUGAGGACUUUCGCAUCCUGAAGGAAGGUGGCCGGCAUUCGUUGGUUAUCUCCCAUGUGAGCAGUGAGGAUGAAGGGUUCUACACAGUGGUGGCCAAGAACACACAUGGCAAGGCCGAAUGUUCAGCAGAGCUCUAUGUACAGGAACCCCGGCCAGCUAUGUCAUCUCAGAUGGCUAAGUUAGAGAAGAUGCCAUCCAUUCCCGAGGAGCCAGAGGUUCCUGAGAGCGAAGUGGAGCGUUUUACCAUGCCUGACUUUGUGAAGCCACUGUACGACCUGGAUGUUGUCGAGGGUAAAGAGGCCGUGCUGAAGUGCAAAGUGGCCGGCCUGCCAUAUCCCACCAUUUCUUGGUUCCACAAUGGCAAGAAGAUUGAAAGCACUGAGGACAGGAAGAUGACGCAGUUCAGAGAUAUCCACAGUCUUGUCAUUCGCUCUGUCUGCCAUGCCCACGGUGGUGUCUACAAGAGCGUUAUUUCCAACAAGCUGGGAAAGGCCACAUGUUAUGCCCAUCUGUAUGUAACAGACGUUCUUCCCGAUCCUCCAGAUGGAGCACCAGUAAUUGAGUGCAUUACUGGCAAGACUGUCACUCUUAGCUGGAAGAAGCCCAAACGGCUGGACCCAUCAAUUGAUCCCAGCACCUUGAUGUACGCUGUCCAGCAACAGGCCUUGGGCUCUAUACAAUGGACAAUAAUCGCUUCCAGCCUAAAGCAGACCUCCUACACUGUCACAUCACUAUCCAAGGGUGUCCGCUAUGCCUUUAGGGUCCUAUCAAUCACCAGCAAAGCCUUUAGCAAGCCGUCUCCAGCCACAGACACAGUGCAGCUCAUAGACAGAGGUCCAUAUCUCAAGGAAGCCCCAGUUAUUAUUGACAAGCCAGACAUUGUAUAUGUGGUGGAGAAUCAGUCAGUCAGCAUUACGGUCACUCUUAACCAUGUCAAUGCAGCUGUCACCUGGAAGAUGAGAGGAGCGACCUUGUCGAACAGAGCUGGGCUGUUUGAGAUGAGCAUGCCUGAUGAUGACCAACACACACUAAAGCUCUGUAAGGUGAAGAGCAGUGAUGUGGGACCACUUAGCUUCACUGCUAGCAAUCCAUAUGGUACAGAUUCCUGCCUCUUCACCCUAGAGAUGGCAGUGGCCCCAACGUUUGAGUCUAUUAUGGAGGAUCUGGAUGUAAGUGUUGGUGAGACACCUCGCUUUGCUGUGGUGGUUGAAGGGAGGCCCAUUCCAGACAUCCUGUGGUACAAGAAUGACAUCCUUCUAUCAGAGAGUAGCCAUUUUACCUUUGUGUACGAUGAUAACGAGUGCUCUCUGGUAGUGCUCAACACUCAGCUACAAGAUUCUGGGGUCUACACCUGCACUGCCAAGAACCUCGCCGGCUCCGUUUCCUGCAAGGCUGAGCUCACUGUCCAUGCCACUAAACAGGAGAAGGACGACCCGAUGGAGGAUGAGGAGUCUAUCCUGAGGAGGAUGCGACGACUCACUGAUUACUAUGACGUGCACAAAGAGAUUGGAAGAGGAGCCUUCUCAUAUGUGAAGCGUGUGACACACAAGGCGGGGAAAAGGGAGUAUGCAGGAAAGUUCAUCUCAGCUCGAGCCAAAAGAAAAGCCUCAGCCCUAAGGGAGAUGAACAUCUUGUCUCACCUUGACCACGAAAGGAUCAUCUACUUCCAUGAUGCCUUUGAGAAGAAGAAUGCUGUCAUUAUCAUUACUGAGAUAUGUCACGAGGAGCUUCUGGAUAGGCUCUCAAAGAAAUCAACAGUGAUGGAGGCAGAGAUUCGCUCCAGCAUAAGACAAGUGUUAGAGGGAAUUAACUAUCUUCAUCAAAAUGACAUUCUGCAUUUGGACAUUAAGCCUGACAACAUCCUCAUGGCUGACCAUUCCAGCGAUCAGAUCCGGAUUUGUGAUUUUGGAAAUGCAGUGAAGUUUACACCUGGUGAAGCACAGUAUUGCAAAUAUGGUACUCCGGAAUUCAUUGCCCCAGAGAUAGUUAACCAGACACCAGUCUCCAAGGCAACUGACAUCUGGCCAGUUGGGGUCUUGACCUAUCUGUGUCUAACUGGCGUGUCUCCAUUUGCGGGAGAAAAUGACCGAACCUCCGUCCUCAACAUCAGGAAUUACAACGUGGCUUUCGAGGAGAGCAUGUUUGCUGAUCUCUGCAAUGAAGCAAAAGGAUUUGUCAUCAAAUUACUAGUGGCUGACAGACUGAGACCAGAUGCCUGUGAGUGUCUUCGUCAUCCAUGGUUCAAGAUACUGAAUAAGGGAAAGAACAUCAGCACAGAUUCCCUCAAAAAAUUCUUGUUGAGAAGAAAAUGGCAGAGAUCUCUUAUUAGCUACAAGUCCAAAAUGGUCAUGAGGUCAAUACCUGCGUUGCUGGAUGACUCUUCAAGCCAUAUUUCCAUAGCUGUUCCACGGCAUUUAAAAGAAGGUUCGCCACCGCCAUCCUCUUCAUCGGACUCUGAUGAAGAUAUUGAUGAGCUGCCAUUUAUACCCAUGCCACUGAAUAUGGAGUUCUCAGGAUCCAGAAUGUCACUGAAUGAGAUUAUUGGGGAUGAUGAAAUAAUAGUCAAGACUAAUAGCAACCUUGAAAGGUCAGGACCAAUCGCUCAAAAGCCAGAGCCCAUGGAGUGUGAGCAAUUAGAUGAAGCUGGUGUUGCUGAUGCGCGAGGCCGAGCAAGGAAGAGGACAACACUUGAUGAUGAAAAAGGGUCCUCUGAUGAAGAACCAGGGGAAUCGUCCAAGAAGGCAGAGCAGCCAAAAAGGCCCCUUCGACGAGGCUCAAGUAUGGAGUCUGACAAGCCUGAAGGAGCUCGUCGUAGAGGUGAACUGCGUAGAGGGAGUUCAGCAGAUAGUGCCCUACAACUCCAUAUGAAGCCAGAGGAGGGUGCUGAGGAGAGUCCCACAGAAGGUAGAAGAAUCCUUAAAAAGUCGGUGUCUAUGGAACUGCCACGAAGGAGCCCAAGCCCGGGAGCAGCCAAGCUGAGCCAAGAGGAUUAUGCCCUGAAACUUGAGCUGAUGAGACAAAGGCUUCUCAGAGGAGGCUCUGUGGACAACAAGAUGAGUGGUCUUCGAGGUCCCCUGCUGGAGACCUUGGGCAUGGGUGAUGAGAAAUGCUUUAUACGAGGACCUCGUCUAGGUAACCCUCCUUUAGUUCGGGCAGCAUCCAGUGAUUCUCCUCGAGAUGACAUUCCACAGACCAAAGUGUUCCGCAAGAGUGCUUCCUUCAGCCAGGGUGAUGCUGAGCCUAUGCCCCUACAUCGGAGGAUUGGGGCGCCUCUAGAGAUUCCUGUAGCCCAGGUUGAAGAACGUCGCCUGCAAGAAGCUGUGUCUAUGUCUGUUCUUGCAGAGCCAGUCAAGCCAGAUUCACCCAUUCCCCCGAAACCACUUACUCCUGAACCAAAGAAACAUGAGACAAAGAUAAAGGUAGAAGACAAGGAACCAUCACCUGUCAGGGAGUUUAAGCAUGAGGAAAUUCCUAUUAAGCAAACAGACAUUGCUACUGUAGUGAAAGGUGAUGAUCAGAAGUCCAGUGAUGAUCCGGUUCAAAAGAAAGAUUUAAGCAAGUUAGAGGAAACUGUCCAACAACCUAAGAAAGUCCAACAAAGCAGGUCAACACCUGUUAUGGUGCCAAGAGUGGUAGUAGAGAAGAUUGAAGAAGAAGAGGAAGGAGAGGAGAAGGAAUUAAUAGAAUCUGUAAUAGAAAGGAAACCUUCUGUCCCUACGAUGGAGGAUGAAGAAAUUGAUGAAGAAGUAGCACUGGUUAAAUCCUCAGAGAUUAUUUCACCCACUAGUACCAUUGAGGUUGCCCCAGUUGUGGCCCCUCACAGUGCUGUCUCAACAUAUGUGACCCCCAGUCCCCCUGUACUAACUGUACUUCCAGAUGGGAGGACAUCUGCAUAUGCAAGUAUCAUGCAGGCCAUCAUAGUUCCAUCCCUGCAACCACCCAGCCAACCCACAACCAUCCCUACAUCUACAAAUAUGUCAACAGCACCAACUUCUCCAACUGGACCUGUCCCUGCAACCAUGUCAGGAAAUAUUUCAGAACCAAUUCUUGUGUCAACAAAACCAUCCAAGUCAGACACUCAGCAAACUACUGAACAUCCUGCAGUUUUCGCUCGAGUUGCAUCAGUAGAACAACCAGCAAAGGAACCAAGUCCACCCAAGACUCCCAAAUGUUCUUCUCCAAAGAGAGAGUCCUCUGCUGUAGGUGAAAUCCAGGAUCUUGACUCUGAGGAGGUCUUUAAGGCUCGGUUCAAGAAACGUGAGUCGUCUCUCACUCGGGGGCUGAAACUUCUUUCAUGGCAAAAGACAGAAGAAAAACCUACUACAGUUGCUCCUGAGGUUACAGAAGAGAUGUAUCGUCCAGGACCAGUUGGCGCUCCUUUAGAGUUUGUACACAGAAAACUGGAGGAGAAGUCCAAGUCGGUUCAGGAUCUCCGUGAAGCAGAAAAAGAUCCAGGUUUUAUGAGAAGACUGUCCAUGCGCCUGAAGAGGUCCCCUUCAAUUGAGAGGAAUGAGGAAAAGCCCAAAGAAGAAGAUAUCAGUGUCCCAAGGCGUCGUUUAUCUUGGGCUUUGGGUAGGAGAGGGUCACAGGACAAGAAGGAAGUGGAGAUGAUGAGACUGGAUGGAGGACCAGAGGCACCUCCAGAGCCAGAGACCAAAAAGCCAAAUGAGUCUCCUGUGCUAGCCAUGCGCAAAAAGAUCAGCAACACAGUAGCCGGCAUAUCCAUGAAGAUCAGGAGUCAUUCUGAGGAAAGGAAAGAUGAAAAAGAGAAGACAGAAACCAAGAAGACUCCUUUGCUGUCUAUAUUGCGCCGUUCUACCUCAGAGGGAGGCAGUCUGAAGAGGAUGGGUAUCCCACAGAAUCAGCUAGCUACCCAGUCUGGCAAUAGGGCCUCCUCUGAGUCUUUGGAUUCCAUGUCCAGCAUACAGUCAGAGUCAGCUGUCAAAAGUACAGAGACUGAACGGAGAUCACGAUGGGAUCGAUGGGGUCUAACCAGAGGGAGAAGGGAUAAGACCAUAUCCCAGCCAGACAUACCCACUGCUAUAGCCAGAGAGAAUGGCUCACUCCGCUCUCGCCAGUAUUCCCGGACAGCCUCAGACUUCCCUCCAGUAUUCCAUAUCAAACUGAGGGACCAUGUUCUGCUUGAGGGAGAUCCAGUCACUCUCAGCUGCUUGCCUGCUGGCAGUCCUCACCCACGUAUCACAUGGAUGAAAGAUAAAAAGCCGCUGGAGAUUGACCCAAGAAUGAAUGUGAUCUCCUGCCCUGAUGGGAGACAGCUGCUGAUGAUUAUGAAGACCACCAAGAAAGACGCAGGCCUUUAUGAAUGUGUGGCCACAAACACAUUAGCCUCUGUCAGCAGCUCCUGUAAACUCUCUCUUGCCCGUUUGCCAAACCAGCCUGGUACGCCAGAAGUUCCUCAAAAGUAUCACAACACAGCAUUGGUGGUCUGGCGUCCAUCAGACACCUUGGCCCCUUGUACUUAUUGCCUGGAGCGGAGGACAGAAGGUGAAAGUAACUGGCUGAUAGUAGCCACUGGUGUGGCUGACUGUUACUACAAUGUCACAGACCUUCCGUCUGGCGCCACCUACAGGUUCAGAGUGGCUUGUGUGAAUAAAGCUGGCCAGGGACCAUACAGCAAUCUGUCUGAGAAAGUCACCCUAGAUACAGCAGCACCUUCAAAAUCCACUGGAACAGUCAUUGUCAAGACUCUUCCAUCCUCAGCAGGUCCUGCCGUGGUGACCUCCACCAUGACUGUACCUCCUAUAAAGCUUGCUGGGAGUAAACCUGUCUCCACUUCUUCUACAACUCCAGUACAGUCUCCUGCUCCACCUUCUGCCAAACCUGCUGCACCUUCUGCCAAACCUGCUCCACCUUCUGCCAAACCUGCUCCACCUUCUGCCAAACCUGCUCCACCUUCUGCCAAACCUGCUGCACCUUCUGCUAAACCUGCUCCAACAACCCCAUCUCCUGCUACAACAUCCUUGUCAGCCGCCACACCUCAUAAUGUACCUAAGGUACCUCAGGUCCAGCCUCCCGCCCCUAGCACAUCUGCCUCUAGCACACCAGCCCCCAGCACACCCACCCUGGCCAAAGCCAAGACCACCCUAAAUAUCACAGUGUCCAAACCUGCCACUAUUUCAUCUGCUCCUGUCCUCCCUAGCCCAUCCAAACCCUCUCCUCCUGUUGUUCUCCCUAAACCACAGACUCCUAUCAAUGUGGUUCCACCCAUGGCACAGACUCCUCCAGUGUCCCCACCCCCAUUAGUUUCUCCUCCACCCACCCUUGGUAAACCUAUUUCUUCAGUACCCAUGUACGUCCCUGCAACCACAACAACACCUGUGACCCCAGUUACCCCCAAUACUCCCUCUCCUGCCUUGUCUCCACCUGUGGUGUUGGUUACGAGUCUCACUCCUGUCGGGGAGGGAAGUGCUACUCCAAGUAGGAUGACCCCAAGUGGGAGGGUCACUCCAUCAGGACGUGUCACUCCCACAGGGCGGAGAACUCCAUUGGGCAAGCCAGGAGAGUCUGCCUUACGACAGGGUGUGCCCCAGAAACCCUAUACCUUCAUGGACGAAAAGGCCAGAGGCCGUUUUGGUGUCAUCCGAGAGUGCAGAGAAAAUGCCACAGGCAACCUCUUUAUGGCUAAAAUUGUUCCAUAUGAGCCUGAGAGCAAGCAGAAUGUUCUGCAGGAGUAUGAAAUCCUCAAGGCCUUGCAUCAUGACAAGAUUAUGACCCUCCAUGAGGCCUAUGUCACACCACGCUACCUUGUGCUCAUCACCGAGUGCUGCACAGGCAAAGAGCUCCUCCACAGCCUGAUUGAUAGGUUCCGUUACUCUGAAGACGACGUGGUGUCCUAUAUUGUGCAAAUCCUGCAGGGUCUGGACUACCUGCACAACAGGAGAAUCCUCCACCUGGACAUCAAGCCUGACAACAUUAUAGUCACCUACAUGAAUACGGUCAAGAUCAUUGACUUCGGCAGCGCUCAGACUUUCAACCCACUCUUUCUGAAGCAGUUCAGCCCUGCUAUAGGAACGCUGGAGUACAUGUCUCCCGAGAUGUUGAAAGGAGACAUCGUGGGUCCUCCAGCUGACAUCUGGAGUGUUGGUGUACUGACAUACAUCAUGCUCAGUGGACGGUUGCCAUUCACGGAGAAUAAUCCAGCAGAGACAGAGGCCAGAAUCCAGGCAGCCAAGUUUGACCUCAGCAAGCUAUACCAAAACGUGUCCCAAAGUGCCUCCCUGUUCCUUAAGAAGAUCCUGUGCAGCUACCCUUGGGCGCGUCCCUCCAUCAAAGACUGCUUCAGCAACUCUUGGUUGCAGGAUGCCUAUCUGAUGCGGCUACGGCGGCAGACACUCACCUUCACCACCACGCGUCUCAAGGAGUUCGUGAGCCAGCAGCAGCAGAUCAGAGCUCAGGUGGCUACCAAGCACAAAGUGCUCCUGCGCUCCUACUCUGCCCAAACCCCCACAACACCCACCACACCUACCAUGCCCACCACGCCCACCACUAUAUCCUCUACACCCUCCACUCCUGUCACUCAGUGAGCUCGGCUUGGUUUUGAUGGAGCGAUGUUACCCAAGGGGAGAGGAUCUCAAAAUAAGAGGACGGAGAGGCACAGGCCCGUGAUGGACUGAGACUAUGCUGAGCCCUGGCUGGAUCACAAGAGUGUGUGUGAACACAUCAGGCCCAGCCUCAGUAACACUAUUCAGAAAUAAUCAAACACAUCCACUGUCUGAUCUGAGAUAAGAAACUCAAGCACAUACAGUACUGACUAAUACUAGCACACACAGUAGAUUAUAACGCACUAAGCUCUAUCAGCUAUGGCCAGCAUGUUCAGUGCUGUUAUGUUCAAUGUCCUGCAAUUAGCUCCGCCCACAAACAGCCGUGCCACACCCACGCGUUUCCUUGCUCUGAUCCAUGUUCCUUUUUUAGCGUUUGACUAAGAUAAGAUAACAUGAACGUGUACUACAACAUUUGCUAAACAUAUUGUAAAUGUAAACGUUUGUGGUGUUUCCAUAUAAUAAUUCUGGGGCCUUGACAUUUGUGGAGAGAAAUAAAAAAAAAACAUGUAUAUCAGAGUUUUCUGCUAGUUUUUAUGAGAUUGACAAUUUUAUUACAGGUAGUUGUUAUACUGUAUUCAUCACUAUAUAUGUAAAGAAGACUUAAAUGACAAUUCCAACGUUUUUCCUAAAAAAAGAAAAAAAGAAAGAAAGAAAGAAAGAAAUAUUGUCUGUAUAUUGAACAGUGUUUUAAAAACAAUUUGGCUGUUUAUUGUGAGAAAUGAGUGAGUUUUGCACAAAAAAAUACUUGCCAUAGGCUUCCACAGGGUAUAAACUGAAUCCAGUCAUCAGUACAUUUUGUACAACCAUAUAAUAUUGUGAAUAAGAUAUUUAUUAAUAAUAUUUUUUAAAAAUUUAGCAUAAACUAAUUCUUUAUGCAGUUAAUUUGAUAGGUAGUAUAGUGGCUGUACUCGCUUCAGUUACCUGAGACAAGCUAUGAUUUAGAGAUAACACACAAUACUUUCAGUGUUAUAAUAACCUAUUGUAAAAUAGUCAACUAAAGUAUGUAAAAUAGUCCUAGGCAAGUUAUAUUAUUAAUUCUGUACUGUUUCCUAUUAUGUUUUACUAUUAGUAAGGAAUAAAUAAAAAUCAUUGAUGUGGUGGUGUGAUGCCAACUUGAGUUACUAUUACCAGCCUGAAUUUGAUUAUUAGUGAUUAAUGAUGAAUUGAUUAAGAGUACAUCCAGAUUAUUAUUUUUAUUAUUAUUUUUAUACCUUUUAUACCACAGCAAUUUGUCAGCACUAACAAUUUCUUAUUUAUUAAAGAACGGCACAUUGUACAUUUUAUUCAUUUAUAGUUACUUUUAAUAUUAUAUUGUGGAAUGUCCACAAAACCAGCCUCCCUUUUUUCCUGUCUCUUGAAGUUAAUAAAAUUCUAAAAAAAUGUCAUUUUAUCAAGUAACCAUGUGUACAGCUUGACAUCUGACUGUUACAAAGUGCUGACACUGGAGACUCAUUCCAAAAAUAUUAAAUAAACAUCUCUUUGCAGAUUCAACUACAUCACAUCACCAAUUACUCACUUUUUAAAAUCAGUUUAUGUACAGCAUUUGUCAGACAAGUCCCUCUGUCAGUUGUUUCUACAGAAAUGAUAUCUUAUUAGAACAACCGCAAUAUACACUUAAUAUACACUUUUCUGCCAGAACUAUUGUCAGAGCUGCUCUUAUAGAAAAUUAAUCAACACCUUCUGACCAAUCAGAAUUGAGCAUUUAACAGUGCUGUGGUGUAAGAUGGAUAUAAUAGCAUGUCUAUUACACAGAGACAUUUUCUCCUUGCAUUUGUUCUAUAUUGGAAUUUUCUUCACUCAUUAUAUGCCUUGUGGAUAUCUAUGAGCUCACUUUCUAAUUUUUUCACACUUCCAAAAUGAUUUUAAAACAUUGUAAAAGAACUGUGUGGGUUUUUUUUUUUUUUUUUUUUUUUUUAGAAAAUCAUUGGAAUUUUCUUUUAAAUACCACUGAGCACUCAAUCCUUUCUUACUGUAGUGCCACUUGAUGUUUUACAACAGAUACAGGCUUUUUUGUCCUUGAUUUGGGUCCUGAGCAGACUGUGACGUCAGAUAAAUGUUUGAUUUUUUUUUUUUUAAUGAAAAGUAAUGUUAGAACUGUUUGCAAAAAAUUCCCAGGAUUUGGAAGUCACUUAUUUAUUUAUUUAUUUAUUAAUAUAUUGAAAGAUGCCUUUGCAUUUAAAGUCUAGAAUGUAUUAAACAUCACAUAAUUUUUUUUAGCUAGUUUUGUGUAUUGGCUUUUGGGGUUUUUUAAUGCAUUUUUUUUUCGCUCUGUACACUGGUGGAGUGCAAGCAUGUGAUCAAUUCAAAUAUUUCUUUCAUAGAAUAAAUAGAAUAAAAAUUCACUACCUGUGGCAGCAAGACGAGGUAUUGUGGCAUUAUUCUUCAGAAAUGUUUGAUUUAUGUUAUUUGAGGUUCAUUUAAUCAGAUUAGUCACAGAGUUUUUUUAACCAAGAAGGAAGCUGCUAAAUAAUUCAUCGAUAAUCAUUAAACAAACCAACAAGUAGGACGGUAGGACAUUGCAAGCUGUACUUUACAACCGAUUAACCUAUGUAACGUCUAUAACAUAGGUCUUCAUUUCACCUGUUUUAAUGGAAUACCAUUAGCAUGCUGUCCACUUAUAUUGUAGUGUGGGACUGCAUGGCAACGAGUGUCACUUUUCUAGUCAUAACUCUAAAAGAAUGCAAUAAAAUAUAGAAAAAAAUUAAUAUGGUCAAGACAGCGGCUGCUAUACUGAAUGAUAAAUUAAAGAAAUUUCUUAAUGUGAAAUAGGAUUAUUUCUUAUUAUUCUAUACUAUUCUAUACUUCUUAUUAUUCUAUACUAUUCUAUAUAUAUUCAAAUAAGUAUACAGUUCUUUUAUUUUGCACAUUGUUAUUGGGCUUUUAUGAUGGUUUUUACAAGUUAUUGUGUUUAUUCUAUCUAAGUAAAUGAUGCUGCUUACCAAAAGCAUCAAAAUGUUAAGAUUAUAUUAGAUGGGAUUAUUAGAAUUAUUUAAUCUUAAGCAUGAUCUUAUAGAUUUUUAAAAUAAAUGGUAAGUCAGAUUACAAUGGCACAUAUAUUGCUGAGAUGAGUAAUUGGAUGUGAAUGAUUAUUGGACAGAAAUUCAUUUCAGUCUGUCUAGUUCAAAAACAAUUAUGAUCAUGUUUUAGUUCAUUUUAUUUACGAGGCACAUGCAGAUUUUGCCCUGAUUGUGUAUGAUUGUGGGUGAUAUCAAAGUAAUUCUAAAAAAUAAUUAUAGAAAUCAUUCAAUAACAUAUCAAAAACACCUUAACUGUAACUUUGAGACUCCACAGUUGAACAUAAAGAAAAUAUCAUGUGCUUGUCUACCAAACAUCCAGCUUCCAGAAACGCAGUGUGUAUUUGAAAGUAGACACUUAAUUUUUGUAGAACAAAUGUUUCCUUGUUAUAUGAGUGAGUAAUGCAAAUGUUAUUACAAUGCAGUUUUUAGAGCAGCACUAAUUUUAGACAUUAUCACAUGAUGGAACAAGUAUUUGCAAGCUGUGCUGUCAUCUUUUAUAUUUUUAAAGGGAAUAUAGAUUUCUGGUUGAAAUUGUUUGGGUACAAAAUUAAAUCCUGGAUACUAUUACACGUUGCAGUGAGUAGUUUUGCUGUCUUUGCGAUACAGAACUAUGCUGGCUUAUUUCCAUUUUUCAUUUGCAUAAAAUACAAACCUCAGCUGUACUCACAAGGCCCUUUUGUAUUUCUUGCCAAAUUUGUUAUUAAUGUUUAUUAUCUUUUCUACCUUUAAUUUUCAUAUUCUGUAGCUGUAAUUUCAUUACACAAAGGGUAAUGUGGAUUGUGGAUCUUCUUCCUGUUCAGUAAACUUUGAAUCUAGCACACAUAGAAUUACAGUGAAGUAAAAAUGGAUCCAUGGCUACAGGCAAAGGCUGUUUGGUAUUAUUAGUUGAUGUGUGAAUGUUGGUGGGGUUUUUUUUUUUUCUUUGUGUUACACGUAAAAACCCUUUAAUGUGAAACUAAACCAGAAUUUGGAAUGCAUUGCAUUGCACUAAAAACAUUGACAAACCUGGACACUGUCUGAAUGCUUUACGGGUUGUAUGAAAUAAGUGUAUAUGUGAAAAUGCAACAUUUACUGAAAUAAAGUCAGAUAUAAAGAGUA